AUGACGUACACGAUUGGCUGGAAGUUGUUGCUGUGUUACCUCAACGUUGGUUACGAACAGGGGGACUGUUAGGAUGCUCCUGAUACAUUAACAGUCUAUUAAAAACAGAGAUUUUCACACAGAAACUCGUAAUGUCUUGGGUCAAAGCUGCGUCGUUCAGCGGGGAAGAUGUUUUCGACGAGAAUGCGGACGACAUUAACUUGUUGAGCAGAGAGUGGGCGUCCAACAUGAAGAAGAGAAUCCGGGAUGGGUAUGUGGACGGAGUGGAUGCCGGAGAGGAGGCCUCACUUCAGGCCGGGUUCAACAUGGGCUUCAGGGAAGGAGCAGCUCAGACUGCAGCUGCGGGCCGACUCAAAGGAAUAGCCAGUGCUAUAUCGAGCUGGUGCCAGAUCGAACAUCCGGAAAGCCCCGUCCCGGCCUCUGUGACUGACCUCCUGCAGCGGAUUUCACAGCAUGAAGAGAGAAUUAUGAACAGCAUCAAGGAUGCUUUGGAGAAUCCUCCUCCGAGUGUGAGCUCUGUCUCUGAUGGUAUGGAGGAUCUGGAGGUGAAGCCGGCAGAUUCAGGUUGCAGAGGAGGAGGAUGUAAAGAAACAGACUGCUGCAGGGGAGCAGAAAAAAUGGAACUCGAUGCUCCUCAGCAGCAACAGAAACCCUGCCCAGGGUCCACUGACUGCUCCUCCAGCACAAGCGAAAGCCUGAAUGACCUCCUGCAGCGAUGCAAGGAUGUGGUGUUGGAGCUCGGACUGCCACAGGAGCUCAUCAGUCACAUAGAGGAGCUGAGGAACAUGUAGCGACUGAACAUCAGGGACAUUUGGACUACACUUGAAUAAGCACUUGAACUAUGAAACAAAACAUUUUGUAGUGUAAAUUUCUUACACACAGCAGCUUUUGAUGUACAUAUUGUAGAAUAUAGAAUAUUUUACAUUCAGAAUUUGUACAAGAUGGUUGAAGAAUAUCUAAGAAUAAAAAUGGAUUUCCUAUUUUUGCUGCA